UUUUAACGAAAUCCUGAAGAAAGACGAUCUAGGACGAAUCACGAAAGUUUCCUUACACUCAACUUUGUGCAUCACUGCAUCUUCGUUGAGUUCGUUCAUCAACUAGAAAAAGCUGAUCGUGAUGUCUAACAACAAUGAAGGACCGUCUGUUAAACGAAUGAAGCUCGAGGAUGGGGCAGCGAAAUCACUCUUUGACUCAGACAAUCCGCAUUAUUCUCCUCCGUCGAAAGUUGUUCACGUUCGGAAUGUUGCCGAAGGUGCUACUGACUUCGAUAUUGUGCAGUCGCUCAAAGAAUAUGGUCGCGUUUGUUGUGUAAAGUUGAUACCCAAAAAACGACAAGCACUGGUUGAGUUUGAUACAGUUGAGAGUGCCGAAAAUCUCCUCGAUAAAUGUCAGAAGAAUGAUGUAUCCAUAUGCGGGCAAACAGCUUUCUUUAACUUCUCAAAGAGUCAGGAAAUUACACGCUAUGGAAAUGAACCAAAUUAUGAUGAAAUGGCCAAUGCUGUAGGCAACAAGAUUCUUCUUUUAACAAUUUUAAAUCCUCAAUAUGGAGUGACGACUAAUAACCUACAUGAAGUAUUUCAAGGAUAUGGCUUUAUUCAAAGAAUCGUCAUAUUCAACAAACAUGGACAACUGCAAGCAAUGGUUGAAUUUGACAAUCCAAUGUCAGCUCAGCAAGCGAAGGAUGCUCUUGACGGAUGGGAUCUCUAUGAAGGUUCAAACACUUUAAAGAUUGAAUUUGCAAAGAUACAUCGGUUGACUGUGUACAAGAAUGAUCAUGAAACAUGGGAUUACACUAAACCCGCUGUUGAAUCAAUGCGAGGUCCCCCAGGUCGUGGUCGUGGUUUACUAACCCGCCCUUCAUUUAAUCACGCUGGAAUGAAUGCCAACAUGAGCGCAGGUCCUCGUGGUAUGGGAAUGCAUCCACGCUUCGGCCCACGGCAUGAUUUCGUACCUGGUCCGCCAGGUCCAAUGGGUGCGGGGCCGGGUGGACCAACAGUCAUCAUGGCCUAUGGAUUCGAUCCUGAUCUCUUGUCUUGUGAGGGAAUUUUCAAUCUCCUUUGUCCAUUUGGUAAUGUAAUGAAGGUAAAAUUAAUGUCGAGCAAACCUGGAUGUGCUAUGGUGGAAAUGGGAGAUCACAUGUCGUGUACUUUAAUCAUUCAAAAUCUCAAUGGUUGCAAGGUGCUUAAUUACGAAGUGAAAUUCAGUUUCUCUAAGCAGACAAGCUUGACAUGCCCUCCAAACUACAAUCCCAGUGUAGAAACUUCAUUCAAAGAUUUCUUUGAUUCAAAAUUACACAGAUUCACCAGCGCAGAGGCCAUCAGCAAGAAUCGCAGUUUCACACCUACGAAAGUCCUUCAUUUUUACAACGCUCCGCCAGACAGCACGGAAGAUUCCUUAAAAGAGCUCUUUGAACAGAAAAAUACAACGCCACCGUUAAAAAUCAAGAUCUUUCCCAAUGUGACUAAAAGUGCCACUGGUCUUUUGGAGUGGUCCGACGUAGGCAGCGCACUUGGGUCGCUUAUGUCUAUGAACCAUACAGUUGUUAGAAAUGAAGAUGCGAAGACAAUCUUCACAAUCAAACUUGCUUUUUCGUCGUCGAACGAAAUCACGUCGUAAACAACAUAUUUUACAUGUAUAAUGAUUUUUUAGGAUUUUACGUUAUAAAUUGUAAAAGUGUAAAGUUUUCAGAAAUAAAGCAACUAAUAUCCGUGUUGAAA